AUGGCACAACAAUUUGCUAGCAGAAAUAGUAAGGCCUAUGGUUUUCUUCCUUGUGGUCAACUACAAAGUCUUCAGGCAAUAUCUCAGACCUUGAAGUUUCUAAAAAUACCGCGUAGAUCACGAAGCGCGGCACCUUUUGUAUUGUCCACAUCAAGUUCUGUAGUAUUCCGUGCAGAUGCAAUCUUUGUGCUGUUGAGAAAGGCCUAUAAAGAUUCUGAUCUGGGAAUUGUUUGCAGAAAGGCUGCUAGGAUUCUGCAUAGGCUUAUAGAGCCUGUUACAGUACAUGAAGGAUCAGCAUCUCCUGAUGAAGUGACAUCUGGAGAUGAAGCAUCAAAAUUAGACAUAACAAAUCCGGCUCCUUUAGUCGAUUACUCAAACUUGUUUGGGGAAGACUUCCAGUUGCUUGAUGAUCACUGGGAUUCAAGCUACCUUAACAUCUUGGAUAUAGGAGUAGUGGAGGAAGGAAUAUUACAUGUUCUUUAUGCUUGUGCGUCACAGCCACUUCUUUGCAGCAAAUUAGCAGAUAGGACUUCUGACCUUUGGUCUGCAUUGCCUCUAAUUCAAUCAUUGCUACCAGCUCUUCGUCCCUCGUCAAGCCGUCCUUCUGACAUUGUUGAUGAUAGUUUCAGUCAAUGGAGACAACCAAUUGUGCAACAAGCCCUAUCUCAGAUUGUAGCAACAUCAUCUUCAUCAUUAUACCGUCAACUGCUCCAUGCCUGUGCUGGCUAUUUAUCAUCAUUUUCCCCUUCACAUGAAGAGCAUUCACUAACUGUCCUAAGCUGUACUUUUCAAGAAAUUAUUUGGCAUUGGUUUGUUUUGCAGGCUAAGGCGGCAUGUGUUUUGAUUGAUCUGUGUUGUAGUGCAUUAGCACCCUGGCUUACUCAAGUGAUUGCAAAGGUUGAUCUGGCUGUAGAGCUUCUAGAGGACCUGUUGGGCAUAAUUCAGGGUGCUCGAUAUUACCUGGCUCGUGCUCGUGCUGCAAUAAAAUACAUCAUUCUGGCUAUCUCUGGUCAUAUGGAUGAUAUCCUGGGAAAGUACAAGGAAGUUAAACACAGGAUACUGUUUCUUUUAGAGAUGCUAGAGCCAUUCCUUGAUCCUGCUGUUGGCAGAUUCAAGGGUAAAAUAGCCUUUGGAGACCUAUCUUCCGCAUAUCCAGAAAAGCAGGAACAGAAUUGUGCUAUUGCUAUUAAUGUGAUCUGUACAGCAGUGCAGAAACCAGCAGUUCUUCCAUCAUUGGAAUCUGAAUGGAGGCGUGGAUCAGUUGCUCCUAGUGUACUACUCUCGAUAUUGGAACCUCACAUGCAGUUACCUCCUGAAAUUGAUCUUCGCAUAUCUCCUGUCUCCAGACCACCGGAGCUUGAACCUUCAUCUGGUUUAUCUCCUGCUGCUUCUCAUCAUGGGAUAGCUUCUUCAAAGUCAAAUAGUCCGGAUGAAUCUGAUGGGAAAACAGAUGAAACAUCUGUAAAAAUGGACACUACAGAAGAUGCCAGUCUUCUUUUUGCUCCUCCAGAAUUGCAUAAUAUAGUACUGACAAAUAUCUCUAGUGGUCCAAAUGAGCAUAGUUCUGUUGCUAACCUUGGGGAUGUUGGGUCUGAACAAAAACAUGGGGUUGGGAAAAGUUUUCUGUAUCAAUUUCCUAGUGACUUAAAACUAGAUUCUGGAUUUUCUGUGGAAUACUUCAACUUGCAAGCAGAUUAUUUCCAACUUAUAAGUUAUCAAGAAUGUGAGCUCAGGGCUUCUGAAUUUCGACGUUUGGCGUUAGAUUUACAUUCACAGAAUGAGAUCACUGUUGAGAGUCAUGAUGCUGCUAUUGAUGCUUUGCUCUUGGCUGCAGAGUGUUAUGUAAAUCCAUUUUUUAUGAUGUCUUUCAGAGGCAGUCCAAAGUUGAUGAACGAUAGAAACACUGGUGGGAUUAGGAGUCCACUAAAGCAUGGAAAUUUGGAGAUGAAAAUGGUCUCUGGAAAGUCUAAGAGUGACCUAGAAACAAUAGCUGCUCUUGAAAGGAAAAGAGACAAAGUUGUUCUUCAAACACUGCUUGAGGCUGCAGAGAUAGAUAAGAAGUACCAAGAUAAGAUUUCAGAUGGACAUUGCAGUCCAUACGACUCUGUAGGAUGCGAUGAAGAACUGCUUAAGUUGUCUCCCUUUGAUGUACAAUCUGCAGAUGCCAUCACCUUGGUUCGGCAAAAUCAAGCUUUGUUGUGCAGCUUUCUGAUUCAAAGAUUGCAAAGGGAGCAACACUCGAUGCACGAAAUUCUUAUGCAGUUUCAAAGAAAGCAAUAUGCAGUUGGAGCCGGAGACAGUACAUGGUAUCCAACGUCGGUGGAUACUGCUUCAAAGACUGAUGAGCUCUCUGUUGUAGACAAUGUUGUCAAUCGAAAAUAUGAAGAAUCCGGGGGUGGAACUGUUGCUUCUGUCAGUAAAGGAUUUGAAGUUUCUGAUCAGGACCAAUCUUUUCGUGUCAUCUACCCUGAUCUCUACAAGUUCUUUCCUAACAUGAAAAAGCAAUUUGAAGCCUUCGGAGAAACCCUUUUGGAGGCUGUUGGGUUGCAGUUGAGGUUCAUUUCUUCCAGUAUGAUACCUGAUAUUUUAUGUUGGUUUUCUGAGCUGUGUUCAUGGCCAUUUCUCUAUAUGGAGCAGAAUUCUUCUCGAAAUUGUUCUGAUCAUUUGAAAGGUUAUGCUUUAAAGAAUGCCAAAGCAAUCAUCCUUUAUAUACUUGAGGCCAUUGUCACUGAGCACAUGGAAGCAAUGGUUCCUGAGAUACCUAGAGUGGUGCAACUUCUGGCAUCCCUUUGUAGAGCAUCUUACUGUGAUGUAUCAUUUCUGGAUUCUGUAUUGCGUUUGUUGAAACCAAUCAUAUCUUAUUCUUUAUGUAAGGUGUCUGACGAGGAAAGAUUAUUGGUGGAUGAUUCAUGUGUGAAUUUUGAGUCCUUAUGCUUUGAUGAGCUUUUCAAUAACAUCAGACCGGUUAUGAACCAAGAUGAUUCUACGGCAAAAGAAUACAACAGAGGACUGACAAUUUUCAUUUUGGCUUCUGUCUUUCCUGAUAUAUCUGCUCAACGUAGGAAGGAGAUAUUGCAGUCCUUAAUGCUUUGGGCUGAUUUUACUGCAUUUGAGCCUACUUCCUCUUUCCACAAUUACCUUUGUGCAUUUCAGAGUGUCAUGGAUAGCUGCAAGCUUCUGUUAAUUCAGACUUUACAAUUCUUUGGUGCCAUCCCACUUCAGCUUCCCACUGAUGGACCACAUGACAGUAGUUUGGAGUCAGACUCAUGGUUCCUCAGAGAUUUGUUCCACACUUCACUUCCGGAUAAGGUCUCCGAAAAGUUGGAAGGUUCUGAUGGUAAUAUUGAGGAUAAGAAGGUUUAUGUUCUAUCUCACGAGGAGAUAGAAGAAUUCUCAAAACACUUGGGAGCUCUCAUUGUUAAGCUUUACUCUACACUUGAGCUUUGUUGGAAUUUUCACCAUCAACUAGCUAAGAAGAUAACUAUUGCAUCUACAGAGUGUUUUAUGUACUUAAGAUGCUUGGCAUCAACAUCAGAAAGAGUUACUGUUGCUCAAGAAAAUGACUCAGAAUUACUUGUUCCUUGGAGCAUUGGUCUAGAAGUAAUUUCUGAAACCAUUUUGACCCUUCAAGAAAACAGAUGCUGGGAAGUUGCAUCUGUUAUGCUUGACUGUGUACUUGCAGUGCCUCAUAAAUUUGGCCUUGCCAAUGUAAUUGGCCUAGUUUGUUCUGCAAUAAAAAAUAGUUGUUUCAAUGCACCAAAACUGGCUUGGCGUCUGCAGAGUCAUAAAUGGUUGUUGAUGUUGCUCUCCAGAGGCCUUCAUUCUCUCAAGGAAUGUGAGGUUCCUCUCGUUAAUUUGUUCUGUACAAUGCUGGGUCAUCCUGAACCUGAGCAACGGAUUAUAGCAUUACAGAUUUUGGGAAAAGUUGUUGGCCAAGAUUUGAGUGGAGGAGCAGACCUACAGUCUUCCUUGUUGUACAAACAAUUAGUUUUACCUGACUUGUUUAUAUCUGUUUCUGAAUCGACUGUAACUAAUUUGGUUUCAAGUACAUGGGAUCUGGUUGUUGUGCUGGCGUCAUCUGAUGUAUCACUACUUGUAAAGACUCGUGCAAUGGCACUUCUUGUUGAUUAUAUCCCAUUUGCUGAACGACGUCUUUUACAGUCUCUUCUUGGGGCAGCAGAUAGUGUUCAUGGAUUAGGAGUGCUUGCCCAUCCAAACUGUGAGGGAUCCUUGUUGAGGCUUUCAUUAGCACUCAUAGCUGGUGCUUGCCUCUACUGUCCAGAAGAAGAUAUCUCUCUGAUUCCUGAAAAUGUUUGGAAGAAUAUUGAGAAUCUAGAAAUGUCGAAAACUGAUGGCAGGCUCGGAGAUGUUGAGAAAAGAGCUUGCCAAGUCUUAUGUAGGUUGAGAGCGGAAGGUGAUGAAGCUAGACAGGUCCUGAGAGAAGUGCUCUCAUCAAGUUCUUCGAAACAAGUUGACCCAGAUUUUGAAAGUACUCGCGAAUCUGUUCUUCAGGUCCUUGCCAGCUUAACUUCUGCAAAGUCCUACUUUGAUGUUUUCUCGAAUAGAAUUGACCAAGAGGUUAUGGAAGUGGAGGAGGCUGAAUUGGAGUUGAAUAUUCUUCAGAAAGAAGAUGCAUUGCAUGCAUCACAUAAAGCUACCGAAGAUGAACACAAGAUUCCUUCCCUAAGCUCUCCUCUGAAAGAUACUGCACGGCUGCAGCAAAUCAAGGAUCACAUUCAUUCCUUAGAAUUGUCCAAGCUCCGUGAAGACAUUGUCACUCGCAGGAAGAGAAAACUUCUUAUGAGACGUGACCGUCAGAAAUAUUUGGAAGAGGCAGCUUUACGAGAAGCUCAACUACUUCAAGAACUUGAUAGGGAGAGAGCAGCUGAAGUUGAAAAGGAUAUUGAGAGGCAGCGAUUGGUAGAACUUGAGCGAGCAAAAACGAGGGAGCUCCGACAAAACCUUGAAAUAGAAAAGGAAAGACAAGCACAGAGAGAUCUUCAGCGUGAAUUGGAGCAAGCUGAAGCAGGUGUGCGACCAUCACGACGCGACUUUUCUUCAACUUACAACAGUCGACCCCGAGAUCGGUAUCGUGAAAGAGAAAAUGGAAGAGCAGGUAAUGAUGGUAGCACAAGAGCAAGUAAUGUGCAGCUUGAAAGUUCCUCCACCAAUUCAUCCAUGGGGACGAUACCAACUGUGGUUCUGUCUGGUACCCGGACAUUUUCUGGGCCGCUGCCUACCAUUUUACAAUCACGUGACCGUCUGGAUGAUGCCGGCAGUGGUUAUGAAGAAAAUCUGGAUGGAAGCAAAGACUCUGGUGAUACAGGUAGUGUUGGAGAUCCUGACUCUUUAUCAGCAUUUGAUGGACAGCCUGGUGGAUUUGGCUCAGGCCAGAGGCAUGGUUCUAGAGGGAGCAAAUCCAGGCAGGUGGUGGAACGGAGGGAAAGGGAUGGUAGACGAGAAGGGAAGUGGGAAAGAAAACACUUAUGACCUAGGGACGUCUGAUUUGUUGGUUAGGACAGUCGGGUACUCGAUCAGGUAUAUGUUGUACGUGCAUGAAAGACUUGGAAGUAGUCGUUCAUUGCUCUAGGGUAGUACAUCCUAGUGGUAUUCCUCAGGGACAAAACCAAUUCAAACAUAUUGUGAAGUAAUACAGCUUUAGAAAUGAGACUCAUCAGAAUUGGAGGCUUUGAGAUGUUGGCUUGGUCAGGUAGAACGGUGAAACUCUAAUUAGGUCUGGUCGUGUAACAUUCUUGUUGUACCACAAACGUUAUGUGUAUCUAAUGACGUGGGUUGAUUUGAUUUUUGACUGCGAGACUGAAUAUGGUAGAUUAGUCCUCUUUACCCAACAAAUGAGAAUGAAAGGCAAAUGAACCUGAGAUUUUACAACCUAGAGUUAUAGAAAUGGAUGAUCCUUUCAUAACCUUAGUUGUAUCUUGCUAGGGUUACACCACAGAUGAGAAGCUAACGUAGUCGGAAGCACAUAGGCUAAACCCUAGACUUCCAUUCGGUGGCCGAACUUCACUCCAUGCUUCUAAUCUCCAGCAGGCAUCGCCUUCCUAGGGUGCUUGGUUGAACAAGAGGUUCGGCUAAGGAAUAGAACUCAAUUGUGUGAGCUAUAUAACAUUGAGUGCCCCUUUUCUGUUGUUUUGGAGCGCUUGGAGUUGUUCAAAGCUGAUAUGUCAGUCCUUACUCCCCUCUCUCAUACUUGCCCUUUUUUGAAAAUAAUAGUAUUUGUUGCGUGAGUUGUG